AGCGAGCGAGCGACCCAGCCAUCGCCUCCCUUGACUGCCCUCCUCCUUGGCCAGAGAUGGGGGGACCUUGCAGCCGAAGCCUCGUCGCCCUCCAUGGCUCCUGAGCAGGUUUUACUACAUACAAAAAGAAGCAUUACUCUAUGGAAUGAUGUUUUGAGUUCCUCCUAUCACAGUACAGUUACUGGCAUCAUUGUUCAUUAUUUCCAAGUGAUCCUAAUGCCAACUGCUUUAUAAAUCCAGAUGCUUAAGAAAUCCAUUGCUGCUUUGGCCUUAGUUCCAUCAGCUCCCUCGUCAAGAGGAGACGUGUUUAUUGCUUCACCAGCCAAGCACAACAGCGUUUUGCACUGAUUGUUUCUCCGUCUCCACAUGGCCUUUCUACUUGUGUCAGCAUACCUUUUGCUGUCCCCAGCCCAUGGUGCUCCAGUUGAGAAUGGGGCCCUCAUGGAGACACUGAAGUCACAAGUCAUGUUGUUCAGCAAUAAGAGUGAACACUACUCUGCACAAGUGAGACCUCCUGGAACAAGCAGGCGAAUACCUCAGACAAUCAUUAUUGGAGUUCGUAAAGGAGGGACAAGGGCUUUACUUGAAAUGUUGGAUGUUCACCCGAAUAUUGUGGUGGCAGCUACUGAAGUUCACUUUUUUGACUGGGAUGAGAAUUAUGUGAAAGGAAUAGACUGGUAUAGGAGCCUGAUGCCAUUUUCAUAUGAAAAUCAAAUAACUAUUGAAAAAACACCAGGCUAUUUUACCUCGCCACAGGCUCCCGAAAGGAUUCAUGAUAUGAAUAGCUCUAUUAAACUGCUGCUUAUUCUCAGAGACCCCACAGAGAGAGUUAUCUCUGAUUAUACCCAAGUCUAUUACAAUAGACUGGAAAGCCACAAGCCGGUUCAGCUCUUUGAAGACAUUGUUAUUAAAAAUGGAGCACUUAAUACCAAAUACAAGGCUAUCCAGAGGAGCCUGUAUGACAUCCAUAUGGAGAGGUGGCUUAAACAUUUCCAUUUGGAUCAAAUUCACAUAGUAGACGGGAAUACUUUGAUCAAGGACCCUCUUCCUGAAUUGCAAAAAGUGGAAAGAUUUCUUAACCUGCCUUCCAGAAUCAUGUCUUCAAAUUUUUAUUUUAACCAGACCAAGGGGUUCUAUUGUAUUAGGAGUGAUGGACGAGAAAGAUGUUUACAUGAAUCAAAAGGGCGCCCCCAUCCUAUUGUCAACAGUACUGUCUUAGAGCAACUGUACUCUUACUUCAGAGAGCACAAUGCAAAAUUUUACAGAAUGAUUAAGCAUUCUUUUGACUGGCAUUAGCAACUUUUCUUUUGAAGGAAAGGAUUUUAGAUAUAGCCCUGCUGUAAUUUAUUUUCAAGCACUUCCUGAUAAACUUUGGGUUGCAUUUGCCUUGAUGUGAAGACCAGAGUUUGCUUCCCUGUGUUAUAACACUAGGAGUCUAUUGUGUUAUAUGACAAGCACUCUUUAGUUUGCAGGCUUAAUAUUGGCUUGUAACUAUUGUAAUGAACUUGAUUGCACCAGUCCAAGGCCACUGACUUCAAUGGAGUUAUUUCAGAAUUACACUUGUAUAGCUGAACUGACUCAUUUGUCUCUUUUUAUUCAAAUGUGUGAGCAAAUGGAAUCUCACUAGAAACCAUUCCUUAAUUGAUGGGUUGUUGUUUUUUUUAAGUGAAGCUGAAAUGGUAUUAUUCUAACUUUUAGGGUUUUGUUGUUGGCUGCUUUUAUUUUUUCCAUGACAAUAGGACUGAAUUUCUAGAAAAUUUUAUUUAUUUAUUUAUUUAUUCAUUCAUUUAUUGAAGAAAAGGUGAAUUGAACUGGCUCCUUUAUAGUUUUUAAAUCUUUCUGUGAAUCGAAGAUUCUAAAGUCUAUAUCUAACUUAAAUGAGCCUCAAGGGUAACUAUGAUCUUGAAGAGG